AUGGGCAAUCUCGCAGGGGUUACCGCCAUCCUCUCCGUGCUUGUUCGACCCGCGCUCGUCGUGCCGCACGUCCAGGCACCCGACAUCCGUCACCUCGACUGGUCUGCGCUGCACGCAUCUGGCGUCCGCUACCUCGUCUUUGACAAGGACAACUGCCUCACCAUCCCGCACUCGGAUCAUCUCGAACCUGCUCUCGUCGAGCCCUGGUCCGAGUGUCAGCGCGUGUUUGGACGAGAAAACAUCCUCAUCGUGUCCAACUCGAGCGGGUCGACCGACGAUCCAUCUGGCCUCGGCGCCGAGUCGCUCAGUCGAGCUCUGGGAGUACCCGUCCUCUGCCACAGCCAGAAGAAGCCCGGCGCGACCUGUGUCCGCGAUGCCAUGGAGUACUUUGUCCGGCUCAGCAUCGACCCCGAGGGCACACUGCGGGAGGGGCAACGCAUGCCUCCCGGAUCCCCGUCGUCCUCAGCCGAGGGUGAGACGUGGCUCGCAAGGCGGAAGUCCCGCAAGCUUCUCCGUGACAGCAUCCCGCAAGAUUCGAGCGGCAAUGGCAGCAUCCUCCUCGUCGGCGACAGGACCAUGACCGACGUCGUCCUCGCACACCGCAUGAACGACGAGCUCGUUCGCCGUAGGAAAAAGGCCGGCAUCGACGUCGAGAUCGAGUGGAGCGACUACGAGGCUAGAACGACGGGCGCGCCAGCGAACCCGUCCAUCGUGCAACCGGGGGAGCCCCUGACGACAUUAGGCGCUGCCAUGUCGCUCUCGCCUGGCGUCAGCGCUCCUCGCGGCGGCCAGCUUGUGCCGCCACCACAGUGCAUCUCGGUGCUGACGACAGGCCUUUGGGCCAAUGAGGGCCGUCUCAACAUGUGGAUGCGCUCCAUGGAGAACCGCAUCACCCUUUUCCUCAUCCAACGAGGCUUCCAGCCAGGUCAGCGUGGCCUCUUCAGCCCGAGGAAGGGCAAGCUCGGCCAAGUGCCUUGGCAGUCGAUCGCCGUCCUCGAGAAUCCGCAGAUCUCUACCCCUGCCGACGUUGAGGCCGCGAACGCGGAAGCUACGUCCCUCGCAGCGGGGCCAGGCGAUGAGACGGACGGCCUGCAGACCGCACGACAACCCACCCUCGGCGGUCUGGUGCUGAUGGCGAUGCUGCGGCCGCUGCCGCCUCGACUUGCCGGCGCGAUCCGAGCCGUGAUUGAGUCGCGGCCCGUGUCGUGGGUCGCGUUCCACAUGAAGGAAGGCUGGAACAUCAUUGUCAAGGGCCUGCAGCUUGGCGCACGCGAAGCCGGUCUGCUCGAGCCGACGGGACGGCGGAAGAGCCGCCACCUGUACCAGGCCGAGGCCGAGGAGGAUCCGCUGCUACCUCCCAGCAGCAGGAAGAGACCGCCUACGCUCCGCAGCGUCCUGUCCUCUCCACCGGUCGGCAGCCCGAUUCUGGACCAGAUCAGGUGGCCGCGCACGCAGGCAGCUUCUACGGCCUUCCGAACGAUGGAAACGUUUUCGGCUAGCAAGUUCCUACAGCGCUUCGACCGGACCUCGUCAGUUUCUACCUCCCCAUCUGGUGCGGCUGGCGGCAGCGCCACGUCGAAAGGCACGACAAGGGGGCAAGCGCACCUCGGCCGAUCAUUCAGCACCUCUACGCGCCUUCGUUCCAAGAUCCCUCCUCCAUCCUCUUCCCGGGGUCCCGCCACGACGCAGCGGGGCAAGGUACCGAUGCGCAACUGGAUUGCGGCCCUCUCCGCACUCGUCCUCGUACCAGCAUGCUACUACGGCGGUGUGUACCUGCAUGAUCUGCAGGACCUCCGGAAGGCGGAGAGGGAGCUCAAGGAGAAGAACGAGAGGCAGCUUCGUCUCGUCGAGGCCGAGCGGGUGGCUUCGAUCCCGCCGGUCGAGGCGGAAAAGAUGCUCGGCUACGACGAAAAGGCGAAUAGGGCCAGGCAGGAGGAGAGAGUCGAGAGGAGAAGAGCACUCGAGUUGACGCUCUACCACCUCAACCACGAGCGCGAGGAGAUCCUCGACAAGCUCGAGCGGGUCCAGACGCGUCUGGCUGAGUCGAGAUCUGACAACGCCCCUUCGACCUGA